AUGAACACGAGCCAAAACGGACACAAUCUGUACUGGCCCUUUCGCGAUCAUGGAGAGUGGUCACUCGGUAAAUUUCUAGUUGAGACCAUGACACAGACAGAGAUCGAUCGUUUUCUCAAACUGUCUUGGUUCAAUGUGAAAGAAAAACCCUCAUUCUCGAGUGCUCGAGAACUAUUGUCCUGGAUGGACCUUUUACCUCCCGGGCCGAAAUGGUGUAUCACGCAGUUUGAAGUCCAGGGGUACACCACCGCUGCUCCCAUUCAUCUAAUAUGGCGUGAUGGCCUUGAAGUUGCGAAGAGCCUCUUUGGCAACCCAAUUUUCGCUCGAAACAUGUCUUUUGAUCCUUUACAUGUCCGGGAGGGUGCGCAGCAAGAGUAUGGAGAGUGGUUCACAGCAAAUCGAGCAUUCUCGACACAGGACCAGCUGCCCGAAGGGGCGACCAUAAUGCCCAUAAUAGCUGUGUCGGACAAGACACCAGUCACAAGACAGACGGGCGGUCUGGAAAUGCACCCUCUUUUCCUCACUAUCGGCAACAUCGACUCUGACAUUCGUAUGAAGGCUACAUCCCAUGCUUGGCGAUGUGUAGCAUAUAUACCAAUCCCCAAGUUUGAAACACAUUCUGAUUAUCACACAAUCCUGAAGUCGCAUGUCUGGCACAAGUGUGUUGACUUAGUCUUUGCCAGCUUAAAGGUCGCAGCAAAGGUCGGCGAGUUUAUGCCUGAUCCCUUUGCGGAACAUACCUUGGAGCUAUUGUACAUUCUCAGCAAGUCCAUCGAUCCAUGGAAUCUUGACCGGUUCCAGAAGAAGGCGAAGGAGCUUCUCCUCCUAGGCGUUCAUCUUCCGUUCUGGCGCGACUGGGCGCUCACCCAGGUCUUUAUUUUCCUUGUCCCUGAAAUCCUUCACACCCUGCACAAAUUCUUCUUCGACCAUCUGUUGCAGUGGUGUAAAGAAGUGGUCGGAAGCGACGAGCUUGACGCAUGCUACAAGAGUCAUCACAAGUGGUGUUGGUCACAGAUGACUGGACAAGAGCAUCGUGAUAUCCAGCGCACCAUUGUCGCCAUGAUUUCGGGUGCUGCUCCCCCUGAAUUUGUGCAAGCUAUUCGUGCUCUCAUCGAUUUCAUGUAUCAAGCGCAGAACCCUGUCCAUACAGAAUCAAGUAUCGAGGCAAUGCAAGCGUCACUUAACGAAUUCCACGAUUGCAAGGUGGCAAUCCUGGAAGCUGAGGCACGUCGGGGAAAAAGCAGCAUCAAGGAGGACUUCUACAUACCAAAACUUGAGCUCCUGCUGAGCUUCGCAGAGGCCAUUAGGAACAACGGUGGAUUGAUUCAAUUCACUGUGGAUGUUAGUGAACAACUUCUCAUCACACAUUGCAAAAGCCCUUUCACAAGAACGAGCAAACAGAAAGAUUUCAGCGAGCAGAUCGUCCACAUCCUUGAUCGUGAAGAGCGGAUGCGGCAGUUCGAUCUAUAUCUCCUCCUUCGCCAACACAACCAUGCUCUCGUGAAUGCCGUCGUUGAUGAAGAUGAGGAGGUAUAUGCCACAGACCCGACGAUGGCAUGGGUUUCUCAUGUUGCCCCUGACGAACAACAUCAUUUCAGUGCCCCCAGGCCCAUACGGAAUCAUUUCACCAAGGGCAUCCUAUCCGACAGCGCCAAUGCAGCGCUUACCAUCACUCGCUCUCCUGAUGGCUCAAAUCUGAGCUGGCCUGAUGUGAUGCGCACCUAUGGACUCCCUGAUAUUCGUCACAAGGUCACAGAAUACAUUCAGCGAUAUGCAGAUGAUGUCGAAGGGUGUUUCCGGAUGUUUAGCACCAUUAAGAUUUGGUCCAAGUUUCGUAUCCAACUGCAUUUGACAUUUCGCCCAUCAAUUAUCAUGCCUAGCCAAGCUGUCCAGGCCGAACCACCAAGUGAUACAUUCCCAUCUGGAAAUUGUGAUGCGAUUUUCUUAGACACGGAUCAAGGCGCAAAUAACCCUGGUUUUCCCGUUGCUCAAGUUCGCAUUGUAUUCCAGCUGGCCCCACCCCGGCGCUCAACUGCGAAGCUUCCUGACUUCCUGUUGCACCCCCUUCUCUAUGUCCAACCUUUUCAUAUUGUAAAAACCCCCGAAGAUCUAGAGGACACUCGGUUGUGGAAACUUGAGAGGGUAUAUGCACCUGCAACGCAGCCCAAAACCCGCACCGGGUUUGUCAUUCCCAUAACAGAGGUAACACAUGCUGCAGAGUUGGUCCCAGUGUACAGAGAAGAGGUUGACCGUUCCUUGACUUCAGCGACAUCUCAGGAGCACUAUGACCACUUUUAUCUUAACCGUUAUGCGGACAAGGAGAUGUAUAACGUGUUGCAUGAAUCAUUGGACACUGAGUAUACUCUUUAG